GGAUGCGGGGUGAGAACCAACUUGAGGCAAGACAGAGCUUCGCAUCAAACUUGGCAUGAUGGCGCCAUCGUUAAGCUUGAUCCUUGCAGGAACUUUCCUCUCAACUGGGAAUGAUGACGGGCUGUGAGCAAAUCCUAAGACACCGGCACAGCGGCACACUUGGGUUACAGUGGAUAUAUAAAUCCCCAGGUCGUCCCUGUCCCUGCAGGACCCUUCAUUUCUACGGUCGGGUGUGAGACAUUCCCCUCCAAUCACAACAUCACGCGAACAAUCAUCGUGGACGGCCUGUUGGCGACUCUUAAGCAUUGAAGGCUUGACACGGGAUACCACCCAUGACCUUCCGCGUCGAGUUCUUUUGCCUCCUUCUCAAGCAAAUAUUCUGAGCGUCGGGUAGGUUACCACCGCCUGGACGCACCUGAGCUCUCCCAGCAAGAAAAUACUGGAAUAAGGACGCCUUCGCAUCGCACACACCCCGAAAAGUCAUGGCAUCAACUGCCGUCGACGUGGAGGGUGCCCACGUCUCGGGCUCCCUGAAGCAGACGCGCGGAGAGAAGAGUGCCCCUGGAGACACGUCGAGCGACAAUGUCUCGAUCCGUAGCAGCCCCGGUGACCACACACACCGGACCCUCAAGUCUCGCCAUAUCCAGCUGAUUGGCAUCGGAGGAACAAUCGGUACGGCCCUGUACGUCCAAAUCGGCAGAUCGCUGCUCCAAGGAGGGCCGGCCAGCCUGUUUAUUGCCUUUUCAUUCUGGUGCACCAUCAUCCUCGCCGUGACCUUGGGCAUGGCCGAGAUGGUCACAUACCUCCCCAUCUCGUCGCCCUUUAUCCGGCUUGCGGGCCGCUACGUCGACGAAGCCUUUGGGUUCGCCGCCGGAUGGAACUUCUUCAUCUUCGAGGCCGCCAUGGUGCCCUUCGAAAUCACCGCCUGCAACGUCAUUAUCCACUACUGGAGCGACGCUGUCCCGGCCGGCGGCAUUAUUGCCAUCACGAUCGUCCUCUACGGCUUGAUAAACGUCCUCGCUGUGAAAUGGUACGGCGAAGUCGAGUUCUGGGCCGCCCUCGGCAAGGUCCUGCUCAUCGUCGGCCUGCUCAUCUUCACCUUCAUCGUCAUGCUCGGCGGCAACCCGCUCGGCGACCGCUUCGGCUUCCGCUACUGGCAGGACCCGGGCGCCUUCGCCGCCUUCUACACCUCAGGCAAUCUCGGCCGCUUCAUGGGCUUCCUGCAGUGCCUGAUUCAAGCGUCCUUCACGAUCGCCGGACCGGACUACGUCUCCAUGGCGGCCGGCGAAGCCGAGAACCCGCGCCGCGUGAUGCCGCGCGCCUUCAACGCCGUCUUCUAUCGCCUGACGGCUUUUUUUGUCCUGGGCUCCCUCGCCGUCGGCAUUCUCGUCCCGCACACAGACGAGGAGAUGGCACUCGCCUUUUCAACAGGCGCGCCCGGCGCGGCCGCAUCCCCGUACGUCGUCGCCAUGAACCGCCUGCGCAUCCGCGUGCUGCCGGACAUAGUCAACGCCAUGGUCCUGACGGCGGCCUUCUCGGCGGGCAACAGCUACGUGUACUGCGCGUCGCGUUCGCUGUACGGCAUGGCGCUCGAGGGCAAAGCGCCCGCGCUGUUCCUGCGCUGCACGGCCAAGGGCGUGCCGAUCUACGCCGUCGGACUCGUGCUCGCCAUCGCGCUGCUCGCCUUCCUGCAGGUGUCCAACGACGCGGCCGUCGUGCUGCAGUGGUUCGUCAGCCUCGUCACGGCCAGCCAGCUCAUCAACUUCAGCGUCAUGUGCGUGACCUACCUGCGGUUCCAUGCCGCGCUCAAGGCGCAGGGUGUCGAUCGGGCGACCCUGCCGUACCGCGCCGUGCUGCAGCCGUAUGCGGCGUGGUAUGGACUUGCGGGCACGUUUAUCAUGACGUUUGUGGGCGGGUACACGGUGUUUCUGCCGGGGAGGUGGAAUGUGCCGACGUUCCUGUUCUCGUACACCAUGGUUGCUCUUUGCCCGCUGCUAUAUCUCGGGUGGAAGGUCGUAAAAAAGACGAAGAUCCUUCCCCCGGGCGAGAUCGAUUUGCAGAAGAAUCUGGAUGAGAUUGCCGAGUACGAGCGCAACUAUGUGCCGAGUCCGUCCACAAACCUCUUUCACAGGUUCCUGGACCGAGUUUUUGGAUAGAGGGUCACAGGGCUAUUGACAUAGACCUAGAUCUUGACGACGUUGUAGAUAACCAAAUAUGACUGCAAUAGACUUCGCU